AGUUUCUCAUUUUUCCAAAACUUUGACAAAUCAAUUUUAAUUAGCGGUAAAAAGCGUUUUGGAUUGACGUGACUCUGGAUAAAGAGAACCGACAAAGCUAGAAAGAAACGUAAACCGUACGUCGAAGAUGAAUCCGCAAGAAGCCCAUCCCGAACCUGAUUCCGAACCUCCUCCGACAAUACCUUCGAGCCCUCGGACACCGAAGAAGAAGGUUAGUUCCAAACUGAACCGAUGGUCCAUGGGCCGAGCUUUACGAUCCGGCGCUGUUAAGAUCGACCGUUCUAGUCCUCGUCGUACUGAUAACAACAACGACGCACCUUUCCGUCAACUAACGACAGAGGAGCAGGCUGAUAGAAAGACGUCGUCUAGUAACGACGGUUGUCGUUGUGAUGACGUGGCGGGAAAGUCGAUUUAUAUGCUUUCAGACGGGACAGGAUGGACUGCAGAGCACUCCGUUAACGCAGCUUUGGGCCAAUUCGAAGAUCCAUUAGUCAACCGCGGCUUUCCUGUUAACACCCAUCUCUUCUCUUGGGUGGAAGAUGAGGAGAAGCUGUUAGAGAUUAUAAAGCAGGCGGCGAAGCAAAAGGCAAUGUGUUUCUACACUUUAGCUAAUCCUUCUAUGUCCAAAUCCGCUAAAGAAGCUUGUGAUCAGUUAGGCGUUCUCUCGGUUGAUAUCUUAGGACCAAUCAUCCAAGGCAUUGCGUCUCAUUUAGGUGUUUCUCCAUCAGGUCUUACCCGUGGAGCGGCCGGUAGGGUCAAGACUCUCAACGAUGCAUAUUUCAAAAGAAUCGAAGCCAUUGAGUUUACCAUUAAGCAAGACGAUGGGACUUUACCUGAGAAUUUAGGCAAGGCUGAUAUCAUUUUAGUCGGUGUUUCAAGAACGGGAAAGACGCCGUUGUCUACUUAUAUUGCUCAGAAAGGGUACAAAGUCGCAAAUGUACCGUUUGUGAUGGGUGUGGAACCGCCCAAGACGCUUUUUGAGGUUGAACCUAGGAAAGUCUUUGGUUUGAUAAUUCAACUUGUUGUAUUGCAAGCGAUAAGGAGAACAAGAGCUAAAACGUUAGGGGUGGAUACGGAAGGAGAGAACAGAUACUCGGGUUUCGAUCUUGUUCGGAAAGAACUUGAUUUCGCGUCAAAGAUCUAUGCCAAAAACCCUGGAUGGGCGGUUAUAGAUGUGACGAAUAAAGCGAUUGAAGAAACCGCAGCUGUGAUUCUUCGGCUUUAUCAUGACGGUAGCGACAGUAGUACUUCUGUACCUUGUAUCUCAAAACGCUUCUAAGCUCACGAGAAUACACCUUUGGAACUAUUUUAACCGAUCAAACCCAGGCGGCUGUAUUUUUUCUCAAAAUUUGUAAUUAUUUUUUUACAUUUUCAUGGAAGCAAUCACCUAAUGUAAGAGGGUGAAGAAAUAACUACAAAAGUAAUAAUUAUGAAUUUACUCUGCAUUCCUUUUAGGUUUAUAUCCAAUAAGUUAUGGCGUGUGAUUUACCAUUUGUAGCAGAAUAUGCCACUACUUAUGUAAAAAGAGGAUAAGUA